AUGGCUACUUUACUAUGGGGUUACCUCCGGGUGCCCAUCAUGUUCGCUUCUGGUUUGGGCGCCGUCGUCAGUAGCGGUCUUUACUACUACCAGAAUGAACUCAUCUAUCCUCGGAAUAUACCUGCAAAUGCUCGAACCGAUGUUCCAAGACCUGCUCAACUCGGCUUGGAUGCCGAGGAACUCUCUCUUCCUACACCAGACGGUGAGACUCUGAGUGCUUUCCUCAUCAAGCCGGGAAAUGUCAGUAAGGCAAAGAACGUAACAUUCAUCAUGUUUCAUGGAAAUGCUGGAAAUAUCGGACAUAGGCUUCCCAUCGCUAAAAUCCUGGCGAACGAGUUUCACUGCAAUGUUUUGAUGCUGGAGUACCGAGGUUAUGGUUUAUCAACUGGCAACCCGGACGAGAAGGGCAUUGCGAAAGAUUCACAGACUGGUCUUGAUUUCAUCCGCGGCAGAGGAGAUCUCAAAAAUACCAAGAUCGUGAUUUAUGGCCAAAGUUUGGGGGGUGCAGUAGGUAUUGACCUUGCUGUCAAAAACAAGGACCAUGGUGACAUUGCUGGUGUUAUACUCGAAAACACGUUCCUCAGCAUCAAGAAGAUGAUUCCAAGUGUCAUCCCUGCAGCCAAAUACCUGACACCCUUGUGUCACCAAGUGUGGCCAAGCGAAGAAAUGCUCCCUGGAAUCACGAAUAUCCCCAUCCUGUUCUUGAGCGGGCUCCAGGAUGAGAUCGUACCCCCAUCUCACAUGAAGCGACUCUUCGACAUCUGUCGCUCGGAACCGAAGAUUUGGAAGGAGUUCCCUUAUGGCGAUCACAACAACACAGUGACAGAAGCGGGAUAUUUCCACUACGUGCAAGAGUUUCUCGACAAAUACAUCGUCUAG